UAAUUAAGAAUCAUUCUCUAUAUGGUAUCGGAGAGUUAAAAGGAAUUUCUUCCUUCCCACGAUCCUGUACCGUGCGCCGUGCCUCCAUCGCCGGUCACUGCCUGCCUUUCCUCGCAGGUCUCCCAUCGCCGUGUGACCAUCACCAGCCCUUUUCUGCCCAGCUUCGACUACCACGUCUCCUUCUCUCGUCCGAUCCAUGGCACCUGCUAUCACCAAGGACACUCCCGUGGUUCAACUCCACGCCAAGACACACUUCCCCAUCAAGUUGAUUUCCACCAACUUCUCCAUAUGGCAGCGCCAAGUUCGCUCAACGCUCAUCGCGCUUGAUCUUAUGGGGUAUGUCGAUGGUACCCUUCCCGCGCCGCCUCCACUCGUUGAUGGUGCGGCCAACCCAUGCUACUCUAUUUGGUUUCGUCAAGAUCAGUCCAUCAUUGGCGCUCUCCUUGGUAGCUGCUCAGAUCAGGUUCAACCAUUCAUCUCUACAUGUGACACCGCAUGUGAUGCUUGGAAAAACCUUCAUGCCGCCUUUGCCAGUUCAAGCCGCGGCCGUAUUGUCUCUCUCAAAUCCCAAUUGGGAAAAAAUCCCAAAGGUGAUCGUUCCAUGAAUGAUUACUUGUUUGAUAUGCAGAAUAUUGCAAAUGAACUGGCGUUGGUUCAAAGUCUAGUUUCGGAAGAAGAUCUGGUCGUCCAUGUCCUAAAUCAGGUGGGUGAUGAGUAUGACUCCAUCGCUUCGGCUGCUCGAGUGCGUGUCGAGCCCCUCUCCUUCAAAGAACUUGGGGAUAUUUUGAAGGAGCAUGAAAAGAAGAUCCAACUAACUGAAGCCACUCGGAAUCUGUCCAUCGCCACGGCCAAUUAUAGUCAGCACCAAUCGAGUGGCAGUGGGGGCUCGCGGUUCGGUCAAUCCUCCCGAGAUGGUGGCCGUGAUGGUGGUUCAUCUCGCCGCGGCCAUGGACAGUCACUCGGUCGGCAGCAGCGGUCGAGCACAGGCAGUGGCUGCCAGUUUUGUUCCAUCCAGGGGCAUGAUGUUAGAGAUUGCCGAAAACUUACCCGCUUCCUCCGCACCCACGGUAUAGCUCCACAGCCUGUGGCGAACUCUACGGGCAUCCACCCUGCUACAGCCCCACCCCAGUGGCUGUUUGAUUCUGGAGCCAUCCUCACCGUUGCCCUCUCAGGACUCCUCUGUCUCCUCGGCGACUGCGCCGCCGUCGCCUCGCCCGGUUCGCAGUCGUCGUCCUAAUGUUCGGUACUUCAACUCUGACUUCGUCUCCGAUCCUCCACGUAUAAAUUCCACCACUAAACAUCCCCUUCCUCU